AUGAACUGGAGAGUGAGUGUGUUUGAUCUUGGGCUACUGGAUUCGUCUGUCAAAAUUGAGGAAGAGCUUGCAACGGGAUAUGAGCCCAACGAGACAUACACAUAUCCCGUCGAGGAUGAAGAUACCUUGAGCGACAGAUACCGAAUUCUACACAAAAUCGGCUAUGGGCCCACGGCAACGGUUCGGUAUGCUGUUGAUCUGACGAGCCAAGAAUGGUUGUUUUAA